GCAGCAACAUGCCUCCUGCUUCCCUUCUCCCCAUGGCCACCUUUUUCCUUCUAAUUUCUGGAGAGACCUGUGAGGGAAUUAUAGGAGGACAUAAGGUGCCAUCUCAUGCCAGACGCUACAUGGUUCUCAUCAAAGGGCUGGAAAUCUGCGCAGGGGCUUUGAUCAAAGAAAACUGGGUGCUGACAGCUGCUCACUGUGACCUGAGAGGCAAGCCUCAGAUUAUUCUUGGUGCCCACCUUGUAUCUCAGGAAGAGAAACUUGAACAGAUGUUUUCCAUUAAAAGGGCAGUUUCCUACCCAUGCUAUGAUCCUGAGACAUUUCAAGGAGAUCUCCAACUCCUUCAGCUGGAUGGUAAGGCAACCAUGACCAAAGCUGUGGGGAUCCUUCACCUCCCAAAGAGAGGAGAUGAUGUGAAACCCCACACCAAGUGUCACGUGGCCGGAUGGGGGAGCACCAAAAGAGACUCCUGCAAAGUUUCCAACAUCCUGAGAGAGGUCAACGUCACUGUGAUCGACCGAAAAGUCUGCAACGGUCCCUCGCAUUACGACUUCAAGCAGGUGGUGGACAAGGGCAUGGUCUGCGCUGGAGGCAAGAAAGGGGAAGACGAGUCGUGCAGCGGAGAUUCUGGAAGCCCUCUGAUCUGUGAUAAUGUUUUCAGAGGGGUCACUUCCUUUGGAAAAUGUGGUGAUCCCAGGAAGCCUGGUGUCUACACUCUUCUUACAGAUAAAUACCUCAGCUGGAUACAGAAAACUAUUACAGGAACCAUAUGACAUGGUUCCUGGGAAGCAGGUGCCUGAAAUCAUCACUGGAAGAGUUCAAACAAAAGGGACUGAAACUUCUCCUAUCCCAGACAGCACUUGUCAGUCCUAACUGCACCAGCCACAGCUUGUCUGAACCAGUCACCAGCUACCUGCUUGCGCUGCUAAGACUGCAGCUUCACAUUUAACUCUCUGUGGCAAGAGAGAGCCUCGAGAAGAGAGAGAGCCCUGCAUUCAAAAUAACCUUGCUUUAUUCAGAAAGUGAGGCACGAUGCUUCCCUAUGUUCUGCUUAAAAGAAGCCAAUCCCAGGGAAAGCCCAAAUAAUCUUUGCUCUCCC